AUGUCGCUCUUCGGCACCUUCCCAGGCUCCUCGCGCGGGCCAGCACACAACGCUGCCGCACCCAAAGACCACAUGGUCGGUCACCAGUUCUCGCCGUACGACUCGAACGGAGGCAGUAUCGCCGCUGUCUGUGGUACCGACUUCUGCGUCAUUGCUUCCGACACCCGUCAAAGCACAGGCUACAACAUUCAGACCCGCUACAAACCCAAAGUCUUCCGCCUCAACGAUAAGGCCACCCUGGCCACCAAUGGUUUCGCCGCUGAUGCCGAGGCCCUCGUCUCUCGCGUUCGUCAACGACUCGAAAUGUACCGACAUGCACACGGCCGCUCCAUGCCAUUGCACUCGAUCGCACGCAUGAUCUCCACCAUCCUCUAUGGCAAGCGAUUCUUCCCUUACUAUGUCUACAACAUUCUUGGUGGUCUCGACGAAGAAGGCAAGGGCGCAGUCUACUCUUUCGACCCUGUUGGCAGUUACGAGCGAGAGUUCUGCAGAGCUGCCGGGGCGGCACAGUCUUUAAUCCAGCCUUUCUUUGACAACCAGAUCAUGUUCAAGAACCAGACCUCGACACCAGAGCACAAGGUGCCGGAGCCUGGUCAGAUGACAUUGCCAGAGGUGCUUAAGAUUGUUGUCGACUCGUUCACGUCUGCUACCGAACGUCAUAUCGAGGUUGGUGACGGGUUGGAAGUGUUUGUUGUGCGAACUCCCGCUGCUAAAGCCGCGGAUGGCCCAGAGGCAAAGGCGGCUGGCGCUGCGGCGGUUGAUCUGACGUCAAUUCCUUCGGAUGUGCCUUUCAGCGUUGCAGAGGCUGUCGGUGGUGAGGAUGAGCAGCAGGAGGGUGCUGUUAUGGUCAUUCGAAGGGAGCUCAAGAAGGAUUAG